UAGCCUUCUCCCCAUGUUUCUAGUGAAGGACAACGCUGUAUUCAUCGAUUUGGAUGCUCUCAACGUACCUGUACUAGUCUUCGCGUUAGAAGCUGCGGGUCCCAUGCCUGAUAACGAAGGAGAAGAAGAUACUGACGAGGACUUCGAGAUGUUACAGAAUGCUUGGAAAACUUGUCGUCUCGUGUGGAAGCGGGGAAAGGUUGUUGCUGGUCAAGCGCAUCUGAGAUCGCCCGACUUGCCUAUCGUAUACUGAUAUUCACAUAGCUAAUCGCGCCGAAGUUCAGCAAACAGUAGAUCCUUCACGUACCCCGAAGACGCUAAAAUCUUCUAUGCAAAUUGGCGGACACGCCAUCCCGCAGCCAGAGGACGAAAAGCGUUCUAGUGACGUUGCAGUGGCUCCGAUACUAGGAGAGAGUUCCUCGAUCAUACACCACAGCGAGCAAGACUUCAAGGAUUAUGAUGAGACCGAGUACGAUGACGAAAAUGAUGAGGAUUUCGACCAGUCUACCAAGGUAAAGACGAAGCGUCCAGGUACCCACAGGACCCCUACAUCAUCCAAGAAGGCAAUGGGGAAGAGGCCCAGGAAGCCCAUAUCGUCUGCUGCGCCGCGCAAUGUGAAGCCUCGCAACCCAACAGUGAUGAUCUGGCCGACCACCAUAAUCACAACUGGUACCGCGGGAGGCCGUCUACGUCCUCUCAUGGCAGAGAUGGGCCAGAUAUUGACGACAGACGCUCAGCGUGAAGAGUACAUGGAUCUCGUCUGGACGCGUCGCCGAGCCGCUGAAGGUGACGACAUUGCCAAGCAAGCCGUUGUCCAUGACCUCGAGACAUUUGUGCGUGCUCAUGGUAUUGUGGACCAGCACAACUUGUGGGCACGUUGGAUGGAGUCUGGCAUCAAAACCGCCAUGCCCAUGUACAAGCCGGUCGGUACUGGUGAGAUGGAUGCGACUGAGAGGAAGCGAAUGUUUGAGAGAAAGAAGGCGCGUCGGACUUAGGCGUCGCUCGCGACUUUGCAACGGAGACUAUUUGGGGGCGGAUUAUGAAAUCAUCUGGUUCGACUAUGCUCUACUAGCUGGAGGGUAGGUUGUAGCUCGUUGAGCGACGCGAUCGAGUCUAUGAUGGGUCAUCGUAAACUAGGCGCGAAAGAAUCAUGAUGAACAAACACCCGGUUCGCGCCUAGGAACAGACUAGAAAUAAACCACAACAUAGAAGAUGAGGCGUAAUUCAUGAGAACAAGUGCUUGCAAAGACACAGUUGUGGUCACCGUUGG